AUGCCCUCCACCGUCAUGCGCAUGCGCACCUUGGGCGCCUUUGCCCGCCACGCGAGCAACCCCACGGCCGUCUUCAGCAGACAAUUCUCCGCCACGGCCCGCCGCGCCGAGAUCAACAAGGUCCUCCCUUCCGCCGCCGAGGCCAUCAAAGACAUGAAGCCCAACUCCACUCUCCUCUGCGGCGGCUUCGGCCUCUGCGGCGUUCCCGAUACCCUCAUCGACGAGGUCCUCAAGAAGCCCGAGAUUGUCGGCCUGACGGCCGUCUCCAACAAUGCCGGCACCGACAACUCGGGUCUGGGCAAGCUCCUCAAGACCAAGCAGGUCAAGAAGAUGGUCGCCAGCUACAUUGGCGAGAACAAGACCUUUGAAACCAUGUACCUGACCGGCGAGGUCGAGCUCGAGCUGACCCCGCAGGGCACCCUCGCCGAGCGCUGCGCCGCUGGUGGCAAGGGUAUCCCCGCCUUCUACACGCCCGCCGCCUUUGGCACCGUCGUCCAGACCGGCGACCUGCCGCUCAAGAACAAGCCCGACGGCACGCCCGCCGAGUACUCGUACCCCAAGGACGUCAAGGUCUUCAACGGCAAGUCCUACCUCCUCGAGCACAGCAUCGACGGCGACUACGCCUUCGUCAAAGCCUACAAGGCCGACAAGCUCGGCAACUGCCAGUUCCGCCUCGCCGCCAACAACUUCAACGGCGCCAUGGGCCGCAACGCCAAGAUUACCAUCGUCGAGGCCGAGCACAUUGUCGAGCCCGGCGAGAUCCCUCCCGAGGCCGUCCACCUGCCCGGCAUCUACGUCAAGCGCGUCAUCCAGAGCACCACGCCCAAGAACAUUGAAAAGUUCACCUUUAGCAAGGACGAGAACGACCCCGACGCCAAGGCCGCCCUCGGCACCGGCGAGACGGCCGCCAAGCGCGAGCGCAUCGUCCGCCGCGCCGCCAAGGAGUUCAAGAACGGCAUGUACGCCAACCUGGGCAUCGGCAUGCCCAUGCUCGCCCCGGGCUUCGUCGGCCCCGAAGUAGAGGUGCAGCUGCAGUCGGAGAACGGCAUCCUCGGCCUCGGCCCGUACCCCAAGAAGGGCGCUGAGGACGCCGACCUGAUCAAUGCCGGCAAGGAGACGGUCACGCUCAACCCGGGCGCCGCCGUCUUCGGCAGCGAGGAGAGCUUCGGCAUGAUCCGCAGCGGCCGCGUCAACCUCACCAUCCUCGGCGCCAUGCAGGUCAGCGCCACCGGCGACCUCGCCAACUGGAUGCUUCCCGGCAAGGUCAAGGGCUUCGGCGGCGCCAUGGACCUCGUCAGCAACCCGUCGGCCACAAAGGUCGUCGUCACCAUGGAGCACACCGACAAGAAGGGCAACCCCAAGAUUAUGAAGCAGUGCGCGUUCCCUCUGACCGGACGCGCGUGCGUUUCGCGAAUCAUUACCGAACUUGGCGUCUUUGAUGUUGAUUUCUCCAAGGGUCUUACCCUCAUUGAGAUUGCAGAUGGUGUCACCGUGGACGAGAUUAAGAGCAAGACCGAGGCUCCCUUCAAUGUUGCCGACGACUUGAAGCCUAUGCUGUAA